GAAGAGAUUGUGUUGUGUCUCUGUGUUCGCACAAAAAACAAAAAACAGAGAGAGAGAGAGAGAGAGAGAGAGAGAGAGAGAAACACAGACAGUCACAUAGCAGACCGUUAAUCUGAAAUUUUGGGGAAAACGAGCUGCAAAAACACAGUCAUGUCACUCGCAGCAACAACAGCGAUGACGAUGACGACAUGUCGUUUCUUUAAGGUCAAAAUUCAAUGCUCUGAUUCGAAGCCCAGAACUGGUUUCGGAACCAAAACCAACAUUAAGAACAAGAACAGGAACAAGAACAACCUCAAUCAGGAAUCAACCACUAAACGGUCUGGUGCUGUUCCUACCCAGGCACCUGGAUUGAAUUCUAGAUUUGAUGGAAAGGUUCAGAGAAACCCUGCUGACCUUGAGUUUGAGGAACGUCUGCAAGCAGUCAGAAGUUCAGCAUUUGAGCAGAAAAAAGUGGUGGAAAAAAAGGAAUUUGGGGCAAUUGACUAUGAUGCACCUGUUGAGUUGGAGAAGAAGGAGAAGAAAUCAAUUGGACUUGGUACACAGAUUGGAGUAGGUGUAGCUGUAGUAGUCUUCGGUUUGGUUUUUGCUCUUGGAGAUUUUCUUCCUUCCGGAAGUUUAAGUCCUACUGAGGAUGCUGCAGUAACCAGUAACAAACUGUCCGAAGAAGAGAAAGUGUCACUUCAGACUCGGCUGAAAGAAUAUGAAGCAACGCUUAGUAACUCCCCGAAGGAUCCAACUGCUCUUGAGGGAGCUGCAGUAACCUUGGCAGAAUUAGGAGAAUAUACUCGGGCUUCAACUCUGCUUCAGGACUUGGCUAAGGAGAAACCAAGUGAUCCCGAAGUUUUUCGUUUGCUUGGAGAAGUUAAAUAUGAACUCAAGGAUUAUGAAGGGAGUGCUGCUGCAUAUAAGGUUUCUUCAAUGGUGUCUAAAGAUCUCAAAUUUGAAGUUCUGCGUGGCCUUACGAAUUCAUUACUUGCUGCUAAAAAACCAGAUGAGGCUGUUCAGUUUCUUCUUGCCUCUCGUGAACGUAUGAAUGCUGGCAAUCCAGAUGCAAAGGCUGGAAGCACUACAACUGAAACAAAUUUGCAGGUGGACCCUAUUCAAGUUGAAUUACUUCUUGGAAAAGCAUAUUCAGAUUGGGGUCAUGUAAGUGAUGCUGUAUCUGUCUAUGAUCGGCUCAUCUCUAGUCAUCCAAAUGACUUCCGUGGUUACUUGGCUAAGGGAAUUAUUUUGAGAGAAAAUGGUAAAGUUGGAGAAGCGGAGAGGAUGUUUAUACAGGCACGGUUUUUUGCACCAGAUAAAGCCAAGGCACUUGUAGAUCGAUAUUCAAGAUAAGGACCAGAUUAUUAUUGCCCAAGUAAGGUGCGCCAUACAGUUCUUGACCAUUGAAGUUCUGUUGCAUAGACCUCAAGAAUUUCCAGACGCAAUUUUGUUCAAAAACUCCUCAUCAUAUGGGUUGUGAAAGAAGUAGAAGAUAGUAUUUUAGAAAAGGUUGCUUA